AAAGACGUGAAAAAAAGCUUUCUUUCUUCCCAGGCCAGAAGGAAUGGCUUUCUUUCACUCACUCGGGUGAGGUCCCCAGCUGAGCCGUGCCAUUUCCAUGGUGGAGUACAAGAGAGGGCAAAGUAAAAUCCUCAACAAAGGUGCCUCCAACACACACACACACACACACACACAGAGUACAUACAUACAUACAUACAGCCGCCGCUUCUCCUCCUUCUCCCCUGUUUUCUGAUCACCACCAUGUCCUCUUCCUCCCGCGGCAACCUCAACAAUCAAGACCUCGACGGCGGCGCGGCGGCCAAGCGCCUACGCGGCAGCAGCAGCAGCAGCAAGUCGCCGCCGGAGCCGACGUCGGUGCUGUACAACCGCAGCCCUAGCCCGCCGACCUCGUCGUCCCACUCCUCCUCCGCCGCGCCGGAGCCGCCCCCCAUCAGCGCCGAGGACUGGGACGCCGUCUUCCUCUCCGCCGGCCCUGCCAUGGCCGUCCCCGCCUCCGCCGCGCCGCACCACAGCCAGGCCCAGGAGGACAGCUCCUUCCUCCGCUGGAUCAUGGACACCGGCUACGCCGACGGCGAUGCCGACGCCUUCGGCUUCAAAUCCUCCACCGGCGCCGCCUUCUUCGACCCUUCCUUCCUAAAUCCUCAAUCCCCCGCGCCUCAGCAGCAACAAGAGGAGCUCUUCGCCCUGCCGCAGCAGCUCCCUCUCCCAGCCGUGGCCCAGAGAGAGGAGAUUCUCGAGCCUCAGGGGGCGGUGGACGAGCUGCUCGAGGCGGCGCGGCUCGCCGACGCCGGGGACUCCACUGGCGCCAGGGAGAUAUUGGCGCGGCUCAAUCACCAUGGCCUCCUUCCCCCUUCUCCUCCGCCGCCGGGGCACCCUCCGCUGCUCCGCGCCGCCGCGCUCCUCCGCGACGCGCUGCUGCUCCGCCUCCUCCCGCCCGGCUCCGGCUCCGGCUCCGUCCGCCCGCAACCGUCGCCGCUCGACGUGGCCCUCAAGCUCGCCGCGCACAAGGCCAUGGCGGACGCGUCCCCGGCUGUCCAGUUCGCCAGCUUCACCUCCACGCAGGCCUUCCUCGACGCCGCCGGCGCCGGCGGAGUCCACCUCGUCGACUUCGACCUCGGCUUCGGCGCCCACUGGCCGCCGCUCAUGCAGGAGCUCGCGCACAGCUCCCGCCGCGCCUCUCCCUCCGCGCCGGCGGCGGCGCUGAAGCUGACGGCACUGGUCUCCGCCUCGGGAUCGCCCAUGGAGCUCCGCCUCUCCCAGGAGAGCCUCACGCGCUUCGCUGCCGACCUCGGCAUCCCCUUCGAGUUCGCCGCCCUCACCUUCGACCCUUCAUCUCCCAUGCCCGGCUUAUCGUUAUCGGCCGACGAGACUGUCGCCGUGCACGUGACCGUCGGCGGGGUGACCUCCGCCGUGUCUCCGGCGACGCUCCGCCUCAUCAAGCAGCUCCGCCCCGCCAUCGUUGUCUGUGUUGACCACGGCGGCGGUUGCGACAUGCCGCUGCCGAGCCAUGCGCUCAACGUGCUGCGCUCCUCCGCCGCGCUGCUCGAGUCGCUGGCCGCGGGCGGCGCGUCGCCGGACGUGGUGACGAAGGUCGAGCAGUUCGUCCUGCGCCCCAGGGUCGAGCGCGGCCUGGUCCCUGCCGGCGGCGACAAGCUGCCGCCAUGGCGGUCCUUGUUCGCGUCCGCUGGGUUCGCACCGCUGCAGCUUAGCAAUGCGGCGGAGGCGCAGGCCGAGUGCCUGCUCAGGCGCACGGCGGCCAGCCAUGGCUUCCACGCCGAGAAGCGGCAACCUGGGGAGCUCGCGCUCUGCUGGCGGCGGUCGGAGCUCGUGUCGGUGUCCGCAUGGCGCUGCUGAUCAUCCUCUUUGACUGCAGCAGAACCUGCGCUGCAGCAGCUUGGUACAGUUGUAGUAGAUUGUUUUCAUCUUUCUCAAGGAUUAGUAGCCAAUUAAUCUUGGUUUGUAAUAUCAUAUGGUAGCAAUUCGAGGCAUGGACAAUGGAAGAUUUGCAAUUGCUCAGCAUGUUUGUUAACCCCCUAGCUUUUGUUUCCAUUGUUCAUAUUGUAAUUCUGUGUGCUGAAGAUAUGUGUAUUAUGCCAGUCAUAUUUGAGACUGGUUGUAGUUAACUUCUUCUUUGUUUCUUCCUUGUAAAUCAAGAAGAAAAGUUCAAGGAAAGCAAACACUUGAAUCCUGUAGAAAUUGGUACUACGUUGCAGCAAUUGCAAUUUGCAACUGGCAAGCAGUCAAAAGGAAGGCUUCAUUAACAUGCUUGCAUGUAAGCUCCAAACAAAACCAGCAAUCAGAGCAUGCAACUAAGGUAUGUAGAUUGAUGGGACAAUUCUACUUGUAAUCAGAUUUUCUUCUUAUUUUCGUGUCUGUAAUUUUUUUUGGAAAAGGACAUCGACAAUGAACAGUAGAUAUGAAUGCGAUGUGCCUUCAUUUAUAAGUCAUGUCCAUUGUACCAGUAUCUUUCAACCAUCAGGAUUAAGGAUUUACA